CCACCUGACUGCUGGUCUCGCGGCUCUCGUCUUGUGGCGUGAAUUUAUCCACGGUUUAUUUGUUUUACCUCCAUGAUUGAUCACUGUUUCCCUCCAUUUAUAUUGAUUAUGUCAACGAAGUACGUAAUUUGCGGCCCUUUAUGAACGGUUUGAUAAGCUAAUCGAUUCAUCAAAUGUCUUUGAUAGACUGGAACGCCCGUACUGUGAUGUUUCCCAUCCAUGGCUAGUACAACAGAAGCAACAGAUGAACUCCGACUUCCCUGUCCGAACCUGAUUUUCCAGAAAGAAGCAGCUUUUCCCAUCCAAUCCCAGGACAGGGAAAACUUGGAUUUAAGGAUAUGCCUAAGACUUAAACUGCAAAACUCUAGGGUAUAGAGGGAUCUGUAGAAAUAAAUCCUAGCAUUUAGAAGCUUCACUAUUUUUUAAGUCAUCAUGGCGACUGAAUAUACAGCAGUCGGGAUUGAGGGUAGCGUAGAGGUACUACCUAACCAACAAUCUGCUACCUACGGUCUUGACGCUGAAACAAGGCACCGACCACAUCCUUUGGAGAAUGUUGUUGUGCGGACUAGGUACUCAUCUGGGAACGGAUCCCCAGCGAUCGCAGCCAGCAGUGCUGCCGCGGCGUCAACAGCUUCUGCGAUCCACCAGACCGGAAGCGCAGAUCUUAACGACAAAGUCAGCUCUCCGCGUCGGAUUUCAUCGAGCACGCCUCCGCCGUCACCCUCUCUGACCAGUUCGAGCUCUAACCACCAGGUGCCGUCAUCGCCACGGCGGACACAUCCACAGAACCUCAACAGUAGCAUGCACUCUUACAAAAAGCCGAGGCCUCGAUUAAGGAUAAAAAGAAACAACUCCAGACAAGACAAUUUGUUGACCUACAGGGCACUGGCGUAUCUCGUACUCUGGUAUUUCUUUAGCUUUUGUACGCUAUUCCUGAACAAAUAUAUACUUAGUACACUUGGUGGAGAACCUGGAAUGCUUGGUUCAACCCAGAUGCUUGUGACUACUGUCUGUGGUUUCUUCAAGAUGUACGUACCCUGUUGUCUGUACCGUCAUCAGAGCCAAGAUGAACGACCCAAAGGGUUUCUAUGGAACAUGGUGAUACUGGGUAUCAUGAGGUUCUCCACCGUGAUCCUAGGUCUUGUGAGUCUCAAGCAUAUCGCGGUGUCCUUCACCGAAACGAUAAAAAGCUCCGCUCCACUCUUCACUGUCAUCAUAGCGCGGAUCAUGCUGCGGGAAAAGACGGGUUUGUGGGUUAAUUUGGCAUUAGUCCCAGUCAUGGGGGGAUUGGCCCUGACCAGCUGUUACGAGCUCAGCUUCACUGCCAUUGGUUUUUCGGCGGCCAUAGCAACCAACUUUGUUGACUGUCUACAAAAUGUAUUUUCCAAAAAGCUUUUAAGUGGAUCUUCACACAGAUAUAGUCCUCCUGAGCUCCAGUUUUAUACAAGUACAGCUGCAGUGGUUUUACUUUUACCAUCGUGGUAUUUCCUAGAUAAUCCAUUUAAAGAAGGGCUUCCAGACCAAAUCUUAGUGUUAGCGUUAGGACUGAACGGUUUAUUUUUUCAUCUACAAAGUAUAACAGCGUAUGCACUCAUGGGUCGAAUCUCACCAGUGACACACAGUGUUGCCAACACAGCAAAGAGGGCGCUGUUAAUAUGGCUGUCCGUUAUAGUCUUCAAUAAUCAGGUGACGUUACUCAGCGGUAUCGGCACGGCCGUCGUCGUUCUAGGGGUCUUCCUUUAUAACCGAGCUCGUGAGCAUGAACAACAGAACAGUUCGAACGAAGCGAUGACGAGGGAGGUUAAAAAAUCACCGAAUCCACCCGUCUGAUUGGUCCAUUUGGGAGGAGGUAGAGUUUUAAUAAUGUUUGGUACACUGACUUGAUUGGUCGUAAGUAAACACUCAAAUUAGAUUCCUCAGACU